CAUUUCGUUCCACUGCUAUCCUUAUUCACAGCACUGAUUCGUGCAUCAAUUCUAUCCUCCGCAUUCAUCGCUGUCUUCGGAGUUCGGAUUCUCCGAAAUAUACACACAUCAUCUCAGUGUAGAGUCAAUUGAUUGGGAAAAAACGGUGGUGCAGAAAGAAGGGGGUUUUAUUUCUAAGUGCAGUUCAUAUGCCAUUGGAUCGGUUUUGUUUCUGGAUUCAGUUAAAAAUUGGAGCAGGGAGAAGCUACUUAGAGGGGAAGAAUCAUGAGCUGUUUCAACUGUUGUGAUGAAGAUGAUAUCAAUAAACCUGCCGAUGGCAGAGGCCUAUACACCAUGAAAAAUCCAGCAGAAAAUGAUGGAGGUUACCGUAACAUAGAAAGUGCAUCCAAGGGUGCUCAAGCUGUAAAAGUCCAGCCUAUUGCAGUUCCCGCAAUUUCGGUUGAUGAAUUAAAGGAAGUUACAGCUAAUUUUGGAAGUGAUUCUUUAAUUGGAGAGGGCUCAUAUGGAAGAGUAUAUUAUGGAGUUCUUAAAAAUGGCCGGGCUGCUGCAAUAAAGAAGUUGGAUGCCAGUAAACAACCAGAUGAGGAAUUUUUAGCCCAGGUUUCUAUGGUGUCAAGGCUGCAACAUGAAAAUGUUGUUGAACUGAUUAGUUUUUGUGUUGAUGAAAAUCAGCGUGUCCUUGCUUAUGAGUUUGCAUCUAAUGGAUCUCUUCAUGAUGUUCUUCAUGGAAGGAAAGGCGUUAAAGGAGCACAACCUGGUCCUGUUCUAUCUUGGGCGCAACGAGUGAAAAUUGCUGUAGGCGCUGCCAGAGGGCUUGAAUACUUGCAUGAAAAGGCAGAACCUCACGUUAUUCAUCGUGACAUUAAGUCUAGCAAUGUGCUAUUCUUUGAUGACGAUGUUGCUAAGAUUGCUGACUUUGAUUUAUCAAAUCAAUCUCCCGAUAUGGCAGCACGUCUGCACUCUACUCGUGUUCUUGGGACGUUUGGUUAUCAUGCUCCUGAAUAUGCAAUGACUGGACAGCUGAAUGCAAAGAGCGACGUAUACAGCUUUGGUGUUGUCCUGCUUGAGCUCCUGACAGGAAGGAAACCUGUGGAUCAUACAUUACCACGUGGACAGCAGAGUCUUGUAACAUGGGCCACACCAAAGCUCAGUGAAGACAAGGUCAGGCAGUGUGUUGAUGCACGACUAGGAGGAGACUACCCUCCCAAGGCAGUUGCAAAGUUGGCUGCUGUCGCUGCGUUGUGUGUACAAUAUGAAGCUGAUUUCCGGCCAAACAUGAGCAUUGUAGUCAAAGCGCUCCAGCCUCUUUUAAAUGCCCGACCUGGCCCUGUUGGGGAAACUCGCCAAACAUGAGCAUUGCUGAGAAAGCCUUUGGACUCCAUUAACGCUCAGCCUUUUGAUACUGGUGAAACCAUGAGUUUGAGAAUUUUCCUCCUCUAAAUACACCUCAUGGGCAUGAGCUGAAAAUAUCAUGUGAGAAUUACAUCAGAAAUUAAUGAUUUUGAAGAUAAUGCGUGUGUUGCUAUGCUUCCAUUUAUUACGCAGCAUUUGAUCGUUCUUAGUGUUUGUGGUGUCUUAUAAUAUGAACUUACAAUAUUUUUGCUGUAUAUGUCUAUUAGUUAUUU